AUGGUCGUGAUCAUGAUAAGUGAAAAGAGACGAUGUUGGCCUUCUGGAGAUGUGGCGCGUAAAGGAAUUGUUACAACAUCAAACUGGGAAAUGCAGUCCUUACGGAGCUCUGGUAUAAAUAAGAGAAUUUCAGUGCAGCCGUUGAACUUGUUUGGAGUACUGGUCAAGAAGAAAAAACUUGUCAAUAAAAUUUUUGCCAAGGGUGUAGCAGUAAAGGAAACAUCAAACAAUGCUCCUAGGAUAAAGUACGAUGUUUUUGUUAGCUUUAGAGGAAAGGACAUCCGCGACAAUUUUCUUAGCCAUUUGAUUGAGGCUUUCCCUCGGAAGCAAAUAUAUGCCUUUGUUGAUGAUAAACUUGAGAGAGGAGAUGAAAUAUCACUAUCACUUCUGGAAGCAAUUGAAGGAUCAUUCAUUUCAUUGAUCAUAUUCUCUGAAGACUAUGCUUCUUCACGCUGGUGUUUGGAAGAACUUGUGAAAAUAGUUGAGUGCAGGGAAAAGUAUGGACAGAUUAUUAUACCAGUGUUCUACAAUAUAGAUCCCACAAAUGUUCGGCAUCAAAAGGGGAGUUAUGAAAAUGCACUGGCUGAACAUGAAAAAAAGUACGGUUUGUCCAAGGUGCAAAUGUGGAGACAUGCUCUAACCAAUUCUGCUAAUUUAUCAGGAAUUAAUUCAACAACUUUUCGGAAUGAUGCUGAGCUGCUCGAAGAUAUUAUCAAUCAUGUGUUGAAAAGGUUGAGUAACCAACCAUAUAACUCAAAGGGUCUUAUUGGAACUGGCAAACCAAUUGCACAUUUAGAAUCUUUGUUAUGUCAAGAUUCGAAAGAUGUUCGUGUUAUUGGAAUUUGGGGUAUGGGCGGUAUCGGCAAGACAACUAUUGCAGAAGAAUUGUUUAACAAAAUGUGUUUUGAAUUUGAAGGAUGUUGUUUUUUAGCAAAGGUAAGGGAAGAAUCAGAAAGGUAUAGCUUAAUUUAUUUACAAAAAAAACUUUUCUCUACACUGUUAGCAGAAGAAGUGAAAAUUGAGUCGUUCAACUAUAUCAAGAGAAGGAUAAGUCGCAUGAAGGUUCUUAUUGUUCUUGAUGACGUGAACGAUUCUGAUCAAAUAGAAAAAUUAUUUGGAAGUCUUGAUUGGUUUGGAUCAGGGAGUAGAAUAAUAAUAACAACUAGAGAUAAGCAAGUGCUCAACAAAGUUGAUGAUAUAUACGAGGUUGGCAUCUUGAGUUCUAGUGAAGCACUUGAACUUUUCAAUUUAAAUGCCUUUAGCCAAAAUCAUCUUGAAAUGGAGUAUUAUGAGCUCUCAAAGAGAGUUAUCAAUUACGCCAAAGGCAUUCCCUUAGUUCUUAAAGUUUUAGGCAAUCUUCUUCGUGGAAAGGAUAAGGAAGUAUGGGAAAGUCAGCUAGACAAACUUAAAAAGAUGCCAAGUAAAAAAGUUCAUGAUAUAAUGAAACUAAGUUAUGAUGAUCUAGAUCGCAAAGAGCAAAAGAUUUUCUUAGAUCUUGCAUAUUAUGAAAGUGAUAAUUCAGUAGUUAUUGGGUUAGAAAGACUGAAAGAUAAAGCUCUUAUAACUAUUUCUAAGGAUAAUAUUGUAUCCAUGCAUGAUAUUGUCCAAGAAAUGGGUUGGGAGAUUGUUCGUCAAGAGUCUAGUGAAGAUCUUGGAAGCUGUAGCCGAUUAUGGGAUCCUGAUGACAUUUAUGAAGUUCUGAAAAAUGACAAGGGAACAAGGGCCAUUAGAAGCAUAAAGACACACUUGUCAACAAUUAAAAAGCUGACAUUAAGCCCUCACAUAUUUGCUAAGAUGAGCCAACUGCAAUUUUUGGAUUUGCACAGCAGCGAAUAUGAUCAAGACUGCUUGGAUCUUCUUCCUCAAGGGUUUCAAUAUUUGUCAAGUGAUAUAAGAUAUCUUCAUUGGAUGCAUUACCCUCUGAAAUCCCUGCCAGAUAAAUUUUCUGCAAAAAAUCUCGUUGUAUUGGAUAUGUCAUAUAGCCAAGUGGAAAAGCUUUGGGAUGGAGUGCAGAAUCUGGUGAACUUAAAAGAAGUUAAACUCAAUAAUUGCAAAUUCCUGAAGGAGCUACCAAACUUUACAGAGGCCGCUAAUCUUGAAAUACUGGAUCUCAGUUGUUGUGGUGAGUUGACUAGUGUGAAUCCCUCUAUUUUCUCUCUCAACAAGCUUCAGAAAUUGGACUUAAGUCUUUGUUUUUCCCUUACCAAACUUACAAGUGAUACCCAUUUAACCUCCCUCCGUUAUCUUAAUCUUGAAUACUGUGAAAAACUACAAGAAUUCUCAGUAACAUCAGAGAAUAUGAUAGAACUACGUUUUGUUGGCAUUCACAUCAAUGCAUUGCCUUCAUCUUUUGAACGUCAAAGCAAGCUAGAAGUCCUAGUUUUAGGAGCUAGUGAGAUUGAGAGCUUGCCUUCAUGUAUAAAAAAUUUUACUAGACUGCGAUAUCUAGACCUAAGGUAUUGCUCAAUGCUUCAGACUCUACCAGAGCUUCCCCCAUCCCUUGAAACUCUGCUUGCUGAAAGGUGCAGAUCACUGAAGACAGUAUUGUUCCCUUCAACAGCAGUUGAUCAAUUGAAAGAAAACAGAAGAAAGAUAGAGUUCUGGAAUUGCUUGUACUUGGAUAAACAUUCUCUCCUGGCUAUUGGGUUGAAUGUGCAAAUCAAUGUGAUGAAAUUUGCAUAUCAACAUUUACCCUCACCAGAACUUGAUUAUGCAGAAAAUUAUGAUGAUUACAAAGAUAAGUAUGAUUCUUAUCAAGCAAAGUACGUGUAUCCAGGAAGCAGGGUUCCAGAGUGGUUGGAAUAUAAGACAACAAAGGAUUAUAUAUUAAUUGAUCUCUCUUCUGCUCAACUUCUGCCUCAGUUGGGUUUCAUCUUCUGUUUCAUUGUUUCUGAAGACUCGGAAUAUGGUGAGAAAUUGGAAUUUGACAUUACUAUAAGUGAUGCUGAGAGUGACGGUAAAAAGGACAGCGUUAGUAUGUACAUGACAAGGUCAUUUUUCAGAAUUGCAUCAGAUCAUGUGUGUGUGAUGUAUGACCAACGAUGUUCUCACUACCUAAAUAGCAAGGCCAAAACCAUGACAAGGCUUAAAAUCAAGGUUGCAGCAAGGGCAGAACCCAAUGAUUUAAGACAUGAGCCCGAGGUGGUGUUAAAAGGGUUUGGAGUCAGCCCAAUAAACACCUCAACAUAUCACAGUUUUGUUCAGCAAGUGGAAUUCAUUGAUUAUAUGAACAAAUGGAACCGGGUGGUGCUUAUUAUCAUCCUAUGUAUUUCCUUUAUGAAGUUAAAGAUAAAUAAUUUGAUCUAG